GGCUGCGGUGCGGCCAAUCCGGCCAGGCUCGGCUCGCCACCCUGCUCCUCCCGCGUGCCCGUCGGGGACCGCUGGUGCCUCCGCGGGGAGUCUCGCCCACGCGUCACCCGCAGAGGCUGGGGGACCCUGGGACGUGCGGGGUCGCGAGGCCGAGCCGGGCGCCCCCCAGUGGCCAGCCCCGGACCCCAUGGCUGGGCCGCGCGGAGCCGAGCGGGCAAGGUGAAUCCAGCCCCGGGGCCGGCUGCCGGAGCGCUUGGCGGGGUCGCCGGCUCCAUGGGCAGCGGCGCUCGGCAUGAUGAUGGACGUUAACAGCAGCGGCCGUCCCGACCUCUACGGCCAUCUCCGUUCGCUCAUCCUGCCGGAGGUGGGGCGCGGGCUGCAGGACCUGAGCCCCGACGGUGGCGCCCACCCUGUGGUGAGCUCCUGGAUGCCGCACCUGCUGAGUGGCUUCCUAGAGGUGACAGCUAGCCCGGCGCCCACCUGGGACGCGCCACCGGACAAUGUCUCCGGCUGCGGGGAGCAGAUCAACUAUGGCAGAGUGGAGAAAGUUGUGAUCGGCUCCAUCCUGACGCUCAUCACGCUGCUGACGAUCGCAGGCAACUGCCUGGUGGUGAUCUCGGUGUGCUUCGUCAAGAAGCUCCGCCAGCCCUCCAACUACCUGAUUGUGUCCCUGGCGCUGGCUGACCUCUCGGUGGCCGUGGCGGUCAUGCCUUUCGUUAGUGUCACCGACCUCAUCGGGGGCAAGUGGAUCUUCGGCCACUUCUUCUGCAACGUCUUCAUCGCCAUGGACGUCAUGUGCUGCACGGCCUCGAUCAUGACCCUGUGCGUGAUCAGCAUCGACAGGUACCUUGGGAUCACGAGACCCCUCACGUACCCCGUGAGGCAAAAUGGGAAAUGUAUGGCCAAAAUGAUUCUGUCGGUCUGGCUGCUCUCUGCCUCCAUCACCUUACCUCCUCUCUUCGGAUGGGCUCAGAAUGUGAACGAUGACAAAGUGUGCUUGAUCAGCCAGGAUUUUGGCUACACGAUCUACUCCACUGCGGUGGCGUUUUAUAUCCCCAUGUCCGUCAUGCUGUUCAUGUACUAUCAGAUUUACAAGGCCGCCAGGAAGAGUGCAGCCAAACACAAGUUCCCAGGCUUCCCACGCGUGCAGCCGGAGAGUGUCAUCUCCCUGAAUGGUGUGGUGAAGCUCCAGAAGGAGGUGGAAGAGUGUGCGAACCUUUCGAGACUGCUCAAACACGAAAGGAAAAACAUCUCCAUCUUCAAGCGGGAACAGAAAGCAGCCACUACCUUGGGGAUCAUCGUGGGAGCCUUCACUGUGUGCUGGUUGCCGUUUUUCCUCUUGUCCACAGCCCGCCCCUUUAUCUGUGGCACCUCCUGUAGCUGCAUUCCUCUGUGGGUGGAGAGGACAUGUCUGUGGCUGGGCUAUGCAAACUCUCUCAUUAAUCCUUUUAUAUAUGCCUUCUUCAACCGGGACCUGAGGACCACCUAUCGUAGCCUACUCCAGUGCCAGUACCGGAAUAUCAACCGGAAGCUCUCUGCUGCAGGCAUGCAUGAAGCCCUGAAACUUGCUGAGAGGCCCGAGAGAUCCGAGUUUGUGCUACAAAACUCUGACCACUGUGGGAAAAAGGGUCAUGACACAUGAUCCAGAGUGCAACCCUGGAUGAAUUCAUGCAGAGCAGGUGGACACAACACAACGAAAUCAUUGGCUGAGACUGCACAACGGAACAUGGCUUCUGUCUUCUUGGCAUGGCUUGAAAUGUCACGAGGGGUGAUCUGUUGUACAAAGUGUAUCAUGGGGGAGAUGACAACCUCUCCCUUUUUUCCUGUGGAUCAGUGAUAAUUGUGUUUAAAUGAAAAUAGUGCUCAGUGUCAGACAGCCAGUCAUCUCUGCGGUAAGCACACUACAGAGCUGGGUUUCGGGAGGGGAGGGAAGCAGUUUCUGGUGCUUUCCACAAGUCCACAUCCACAAGAGUGGGGGGAAAUCCUAACGCACAAUUCCCAUGCUUCCAGUCUAGGCUUUGUGGUAACUCUUCAGGAACCAUUCAUGAGACAGAGUACAUUUUGCGGUAUGACAGAAGGGUGUCUUUCCAAGCAAGCUGCAGUAAGCAUCGUGCUGAACGUGUUGCAUGUCCGUGUUAGAAAACAGAAACCCAGUCAUCAGCUAAUUCAAGCGAUUCCCCAGAGCAGUGUUUGUUCAAAGCUUCUGUUAAAUAUUGUGGCUUUCCUGCAGGGUCCUUGUGACUCUCCACCAGUGUAUGUCCACUGUCAAAUCCUUUAUCAUUAUGGUGUAACUCAGGAACAGAUCUCAGGUUGGAGAGAGGCAGAAAACCUGAAUCAAGCUUUUCCUUGCAGUCACACUCCUGAAGGCUCCUCAGAGAGGACGGUAACUGGAGAUGAGUGAGUGCCACCUCACCGCAUUGUAUAUUAACAUGAUUCUCGGCAUGUAGUUCACUCUCAUCUUCCACAAGGGUGCAAGGAGCCCACAGGGUUGGUCCGUAACUAUGUGUUAUGAGGAGAGAGUGUGACAAUAGCAAAUCCAUGAAUAGUUGCGGUUGUUUCUGGAGACAGUGUAAACAUGGUCACCCAACUGGACUGUUUGAAUCGUGUGAGCUAGCGGCCACUUGAACCCCCAUUGUUAAUACUCUAGAACACCGUUCUGUUUCAUGUAGAGAAUUUGUUUCUGUGUUCUCUGUAUCUUAAAUCAAAUGUGUGCCUGAUGAAUUCUGUCCUCUAACCCCCUCCCACCAAUAAAAAUGGUCAAUGUUAAGGACAGGUAAGGAAGCAGAAAGGGUUCCUUUGCGGAUAGUAUCCUUUAAAUGUUGCUAUGUAGUAGUCUGGGUGAAGGAGAUGGAAAGCCACAGUUCAGAAGAGUACCCGUGUCUAUAAGGGGGACAUGAAUGAAAACCUUUAUUUGAUAAAAAGGGAACUGAAAAAGAAUAUUAUUUUCCUACAAUUAAGAAGGCUGUCCUCUCACAGGAUAAAAUAGAGUUCCAAAGUGUAUUAUGAACUUCUUCCAGAUGUCACUGAUGUCUAUUAUGAAAGCAGGGAAGGGCCCCUUUCCUGUGAAGGGGAGGCAGGCACUGUCCUUUCAGAAUGUGUACAAAUUCCUGAGCUGCAGAUUUGCUAGACUGACCGUAUAUACUUAUAUUCCUAAUUUAAAUAACAAUUAUGUCAAAUACGUGUUGUUAAAUUUGAAAAUGUUUUAUUACAUCACAUCGAAUAAAGGUUAUUUGUAGCUGUAAUAAAGCAACUUAAGCAACAUUUUUAAUAAAAA